GCAAAUAAUUACAUAUAUGUGUUUAUGAUAUAAGAAAUUUCGUAUUAUAAUGAUGUUUUUUAUUUUUUUGAGAUAAAUGAUUCAUGUAAUUACACUUGAAAUUUGUCAUUUGCAGUACGUUUUAUCAAAGGUCAACAGCUGUUUUGUGUCAAAACCAAAACACCAAACAGAAGUAAAAUAGAUAUCACAAUUACAAAAGAAAAUGAGUUUAAAUAUUAAAAAAAUUCCAGUUUUUGUGUUUCCAAAUUCGCUUAAAUUUUAUUUAGGAUCAAAAGCUUCUCACAAGCAGUUGUUAACUCUUUACAAUCCAUAUGAUUUUCCAGUAAGAUUUAAAGUUUUAAGCACUGCACCAAACAAAUAUGCUGUGAUAGAUCCAGAAGGAAGUAUAGGACCACGUACGCUCGUUGAUAUAGUAAUAAGGCAUACUAUGCCCACAAUUGCUAAUUGUAAUUUUACAGAUAAAUUUAGAAUUUCUAUGCAGGACCACACUACCAAACAGAUACUUGGUAAAAGGGAAAUAGAUGCAAUUUUGCUUCAGGGCGAAAGAGACGAUUUAUCCAGUGAUGGAGACUUUCACAGUGUUCCAUUCAUAGAGAGGCCUAGUACAAGCGAAGACCAAAGGAUUUUUGUAACAAACAGAUCACUGCCUGUAACACAUUCGACUAAUUACGUUAUAGCCAUCGUUAUAGGAUUAGUGUGUGUAGUAACGUUGUUAUUACCUACUCAGCAAGAAGUACCUCACCCUUCCAAUAUACCAACAUAUCUUCACGUGAGCGUGAAUUUUAAGUUAGUGCUAGCUUAUGUCCUUGGAUUAGUCAGUAUGGUAAUAUUUAAACCUUGAACAAAAUGUAGCUUAUGAUUCUUGUGACGAUUUUCGUAUGUAAAAUUUGGUGAUAUAUUAUUUAAUUGUAUAAUAAGUGAUUGGUGUGUUUUAUAUUUAUUCAGAUGGUUUAUUUUGUUACAU